AUGAGCGGCGGCGCCUCUGCCAUCAGCCUGCGCCCCGGCGGCGCGGGCAUCUCGCUGCGCCCCGGCGGUGCCGGCGCCGGGGGCCCCGGUGUCUUCGCCGCCUUCGCGAUGGGCUCCCGCCCCCAGGCUCCCACCGAGUCCUCCGCGAAGAAGCUCAACGCCGAGGACGUGAUCAAGUACGACGCCGACUUUCUCAGGCAGUUCCAGGAGCGGUACAAGGAGAUCCCCGUGGAGCUCGCCACGAGCCCGGUGGAGGUGGUCAUCAACGAGGUCAACUCCGAGGCGCUCGCGUCCAUGGGCGCGGAGGCGGACGCGCAGUGGGGCAAAAAGCCCGCCGAGCCCGCCACCGCCGCCGCGCCCGAGAAGGGCGACAAGGACUGGAACGAGAAGAAGGCUGCCGACGCCGCCAAGGCUGCCGCCAAGGCUGGCAAGAAGGGGGGCAAGGUGGACCUCACCCCGCUCCCCGAGGGCACGGAGGGCGCGACCAUCGUCAAGGCGGCAAACGCGUGGUCUCGCGGGGGCGCCGACGACGACACCACCAAGGUGACCCGCGCGGUCAAGUCCAUCCUCAACAAGAUCACCCCGGAGAAGUUCGAUCGUCUGAUGGAGCAGCUCCUCGAGGCGGGGAUCAACACCGCGGCCACCUUGUCCGAGACGAUCUCCAUCGUCUUCGACAAGGCCAUCUGGGAGCCGGGUUUUUGCGGGAUGUACGCGGACGUGUGCCUCAGGCUGUCGAAGGAGCUGCCGGAGUUCCCCGGCGAGUCCGCGGACGGCAAGCCCAUGACGUUUCGCCGCAUCCUCCUCAACACCUGCCAGGAGGAGUUCGAGGGUGCCGGUAAGGCGAGGGAGGAGCUCGCCACAAUCACCGACCAAUCAGAGCGCGCGGCGGCGACGAAGCGCGUCAAGAUGCGCACGAUGGGCAACAUUCGGCUGAUCGGCGAGCUCUUCAAGAAGAAGAUGAUCGCCGAGAAGAUCCUCCACGCGUGCGUCACCGACCUCCUCGGCGCCCCCGGGUCCACCCCGCCCGAGGAGAACAUCGAGGCGCUCACCGGCCUCCUCACCACCGUCGGCAAGGAGCUGGACAACUCGCCCAAGCUCCCCAAGGAGAUGAUGGAGGGUUACUUCACCAGGCUGCAGGCGCUCGCGGACAACGCCGCGCUCGACAGCCGAGUGCGAUUCUUGUGCCGCGACGUCAUCGAGCUCCGCCGCAGCGGGUGGAUCCCGCGCGUCAAGAAGCUGGAGGCGAUGACGCUCGGAGAGAUCCACGCCGAGGCGGCGGCGGCGGGGCUCAUGUCUCCCGCGGCGACGGAGGAGAUCCUCUUCCCGGAGGGUCCGGGAGGCUCCGACGGCAUCGGCGGCGACUGGGAGAUGGUGGGCAAGGACGGCUCCGUCGGAGACGGCUCCUCCGCGCUCUCGGGCCCUUACGUGGCGCCCAAGCACAAGGCGGCGAUGCCCACCGAGAAGGAAAAGGCUAAGCGAGACGCGGAGUUGAGAAAACUCGCCAAGGAACGCGCGAUGGCCGCCGUCACCGGCACCUCCACCGCCUCCGGCGCCUCCACGUCGUCCUCCUCCGCCCCCGGCGCGGGCACUUGGGACGAGGAGAAGGUUGAGGAGAAGUGCAAGUCCGCGGUGAACGAGUUUGUGCAGGUUGCCGACGUCAAGGAGGCGGUGCUCUCCGUGCGCGAGAUUCUCGAGAAGGCGAAGAACGCCGCGUUCGCGCUCGACGCCGUGCUCAGCGCCUUCGUCACGCACGUCGUGGACUCCUCCAACGAGAAGCACCGCGACUUGUGCGCCAAACUCUUCGUUCAGCUUCGCAAGGAGUCGGAUCUCGCCGUGUCCGAGAGCGCCCUCGCCGACGCCGUCGGCGAACCAGUCGCGGGCCUCGACGACAUCGCCAUCGACACCCCCAUGGCGCCCAAGCUCCUCGGCGGGCUCGUCGCCGCGCUCAUCAUCGACGACGCCCUCGCCGCCACCUUCAUCGCGGAUAGCGCCGUGGGCGUCGAGGAUACGAUGUACCGCCGCGAGUACGUCGCCGCCAUCUUCAAGGAGCUCAAGGCGCGGGGGAAGAAGGGCGCCGCGGCGUACGCGGCGGACGGCGGCGUCGACGUCGCGGGUCUCCUCGCGGGAGAUCCCGAGUUUGACUCCCCGCUCGCCGAGUUCCUCGAGAAGAGCGGCCUGAAGGAGCUGGCCUAA